GUAAUUGAAAUCAUAUCUUAAUAUUUUGGAUGAGAUAGAUUUAUGGCGGUAAGAAAAAGACAAGAUCACCCUUCAAAUGAGAAAAGCAGAUUCCAGGCCUGUGAGGGCUAAUUACAUGUAACAUGGUUUCAUAAUAUAUGAAUAUAUAGUAUUUUAUUUUCCCACUUUAAUAAUAAUGGUGAGACUUUCAUUCUCUCAAGGCAUCGCCUAAUAAUAGCAUUCCCUACACGAAGCAAAGAGAUGGAGAUCAAUGAAGAAGGUUUGUUCGAAGAAUUAUUAGGUGUGAGAGGAGAGAAUUGGGACACAAAUCCAACAGAUAUGAGUGGGAUUUUCUCUAAUGGCACCUGGAACUUUGAUGAUCACAAACCUUCAUCUACCUUUCUUCCAUUGCCAUUUCACCAAGAUUAUACUUACAACUUCAAUCCAAUCUACUGUCCCUUUGUUGAUGAAUUCUCUUCACAAAGCAACACAUUUGAUACACCCUCAUUCCCACUCCAACAACAACAUGAUGACCAAGAAUCCAGAUUCCUUGUACAUCAACUUCACAAGUUGGAUGUUAAAGCUACUUGCAAAACCGAGCCUGUUCAAUCACCUCACCCCGACAAUCCAGCUAAAAAGUUGGAAAGGCAGCCUUCAAAGAAUCUGAUGGCUGAAAGAAGGAGACGAAAAAGGCUAAACGAUCGUCUUUUGAUGUUAAGAUCCAUUGUGCCUAAGAUAAGCAAGAUGGACCGUACAUCCAUACUUGGGGAUACCAUAGAUUAUACCAAAGAGCUCUUGGAGAGGAUCAAAAGUUUGCAGCAAGAAGUUGAAGCAGGUUCAAACAUGGAUCACAUUUUCAAGGGUGAAAAACCAAAUGAAAUGAUAGUGAGAAAUACACCCAAGUUUGAGGUUGAAAGAAGAAAUGGGGAUACAAGGAUAGAGAUUUGUUGCAGAGGGGAUCCAGGAUUGUUGUUAUCAACCGUAUCAACAAUGGAAGCAUCGGGGCUUGAGAUUCAACAAUGUGUCAUUAGUUGUUUCAAUGAUUUUGCAAUGCAUGCUUCUUGCUCUGAGGAUCUGGAACAGACAACAUUAAUGAAGUGUGAAGAUAUAAAGAAGGCAUUAUUUAGAAAUGCUGGCUAUGGUGGAAGAUGUGUUUAGGAACAAUACUAAACAACAUUCUGCUGAAUUUCUCAUUUUCUUCCAUAAAAUCAUUCAGUGAAGUUGCCUUCAGAAAAUCCAUUUAAGGGCCUUGAAAGACAUUACCAUUUGUAAUCAUUUCAGCAAGAAAUAGCAUGUUUGCUCUUUUUUUUCUUUUUUUGAGGUAUUCGUGUUAAAUAUCUUUUUAGAUACACAUAAUUAUAUGAAAAACAUCUGAAUUUAAUAUUCAUAUUUUAAUUA